CGGAGCGCGCCCUCGCGUUUCUAGCGUCCGCGGAGCUCCGCGAAGUCCCCGCUGCGCGCUCGCGCUUCCGCUCGCGCUCGUUCCCGUCCGGCCCGAGAGCGGGGUGGCGGCUGCGCGCGCUCGCUGCCCAGCCGGGUCCCGCCCCCAGCACGCGGGGCUCCAGGGCAGCAUGGCCAUGUGCUCGUUGGCGUCAGGCGCUGCCGGCGGCCGAGGCGCCGUGGAGGCGGAGGAGGACCUGCCAGAGCUGUCGGACAGCGGGGACGAGGCCGCCUGGGAGGAUGAGGACGAUGCGGAUCUCCCGCACAACAGGCAGCAGACCCCCUGCCUGUUCUGUGACAGGUUAUUUACAUCAGCCGAAGAAACAUUUUCACACUGUAAGUCUGAACAUCAAUUUAGUAUUGAUAACAUGGUCCAUAAACAUGGACUUGACUUUUAUGGAUACAUUAAGCUAAUAAAUUUUAUUAGACUUAAGAACCCUACAGUUGAGUAUAUGAAUUCCAUAUACAACCCAGUGCCUUGGGAGAAGGAAGAGUAUCUGAAGCCAGUAUUAGAAGAUGACCUUUUACUUCAGUUUGAUGUCGAAGAUCUUUAUGAACCGGCGUCAGUCCCAUACUCAUACCCCAAUGGACUCAGUGAAAACACAUCUGUUGUAGAGAAACUGAAACACAUGGAAGCCAGGGCGCUGUCUGCUGAAGCUGCCUUAGCGAGAGCGCGAGAAGAUCUGCAAAGAAUGAAACAAUUUGCCCAGGAUUUUGUGAUGAACGCAGAUGUCAGAACCUGCUCGUCAUCUACUACUGCCAUUGCAGACCUCCAGGAGGAUGAGGAUGGUGUUUAUUUCAGCUCAUAUGGGCAUUAUGGGAUACAUGAAGAAAUGCUAAAGGAUAAAGUACGGACAGAAAGCUACCGAGAUUUUAUAUACCAAAAUCCACAUCUUUUCAAAGAUAAGGUCGUUUUGGAUGUCGGGUGUGGAACUGGAAUUCUCUCUAUGUUUGCCGCUAAAGCUGGGGCAAAGAAGGUUCUUGGAGUUGAUCAGUCUGAAAUACUGUACCAGGCAAUGGAUAUCAUAAGACUGAAUAAACUUGAAGAUACUAUUACACUAAUUAAAGGAAAGAUUGAAGAAGUCCCUCUUCCUGUAGAAAAAGUGGAUGUCAUUAUAUCUGAGUGGAUGGGCUAUUUUCUUCUUUUCGAGUCUAUGUUAGAUUCUGUCCUUUAUGCAAAGAACAAGUACUUGGCUAAAGGAGGAUCAGUCUACCCUGACGUGUGCACCAUCAGCCUCGUAGCAGCGAGUGACCCGAGCCAACACGCCGACAGAGUUGCUUUCUGGGAUGAUGUCUACGGAUUCAACAUGUCCUGCAUGAAGAGGGCAGUUCUUCCAGAGGCUGUUGUGGAAGUCCUAGAUGCAAAGGCUCUUAUUUCAGACCCUUGUGUUGUUAAGCGUAUAGAUUGCCAUACAACAUCUAUCGCAGAUUUGGAGUUUUCUUCAGAUUUUGCCCUGAAAAUCACAAAGACAUGCAUGUGCACGGCAAUCGCUGGCUACUUCGAUAUAUAUUUUGAGAAGAAUUGCCAGAACAGGGUCGUGUUCUCUACAGGACCCCAGAGCACCAGAACACACUGGAAACAGACAGUGUUUCUGUUGGAAAAGCCAUUUUCAGUUAAAGCAGGGGAAGCCUUGAAAGGGAAGAUCACAGUUCACAAGAAUAAGAAGGAUCCACGUUCUCUUACUGUGACACUCACGUUGAGAAACUCAACUCAGGUGUAUGGCCUCCAGUGAAAGUCAGACAAGCACAGCUAACUUGCAGCUUUUAAUGUGAGGGGUAGGGUGAGCAGGGCGGGAGGGGAGAGCUGGGUUUAUGUGAGCACAUGGACAAUGGGUCCUUCCCUAAUGAGCCUCCCCAGUGAUGCCGAAGCGUGGUGGGGAUGUGAGGCAGUUCCACUAGGAAGGGACCAAUGAACUGACCCUCAUGGUCCACCUACCAACAAAGC